GUAUUUCCGUGCUUUCAAACACACACACACACACAGAAAGAGAGAGAUACUUAAUUGGUGUUUAUUAAUUAGGUACAUUUUUUUCCUCGAGAGGGAAAAUCCCGCUCGGAAAAUUUGCAAUCUGCCUUACUUACUGCACUUUCGGUUUCAAUUCAGGCAUUCUAGCCUACACACCGAAUCGCAAUGGCGUUGCUACUUGAAGAACUUCUUACAGAUAUAGGAAAAUGUCUCACAUGUUCAAUAUGCUUUGACAUUUUCACUGAUCCAGUGACUUUAACUUGUGGCCACAGUUAUUGUAUGAAAUGUUUAGAGGAUUGUCUACGUGGACAAGCGAAGACGAAGAAGGAUUGUCCCGAUUGCAGAGGAAAAAUUCGACCAGGUUUUAAACUGCAUAAAAAUGUUACACUUUGUAACAUCGUGAAUGUUCAUUACGAACAUAAACGUUUUGUAUCCACUGAAGAAUUUACAAAUGCACAUGAAAUGGAAACGGACUUCAAAGAGGAUAAAGCUGAAGAAUGUGUGGCCUCACACUCACAACAGACUGAUAUCAACAGACAAUCUGAGCUGGGAAGUACUAUUCAACAGCAACAGAUGGAGGACCCUGUUGUUAUAAAUGACACAAGCUCAGAAGUGACAGAUGACAGGUGUCCUGAUGUCCCAGCCUCCCAUGAUGGUCGUGUUCAGGAGUUACCCAUCUCCCCUCCCUCAAAUGACAGACACAGGGCUGAAGCAGGCUUUGCCCCUCCACCCCAUCCCCUGCCUGGGGUCAGCUUCUCCUGGCUCACCUUCAACCCAGCCCUAGGCCACAGGCGCCUGACCUUCAUACCCAAAGAGCACAGAGUGGUGACCAAGACGACGUCCUCCGCAUGCCAAAACGGCCGCUUUGACAUCAGCCAGUGGAUGGCGGAGCAGGAGUUCAGUGAAGGCUGCCACUAUUGGGAUGUAGAUACGUCAGCGAGCGUGGGCUGGGCCGUCGGGGUUUCCUACCCCAGCAUCGGCCGCAGAGAUCAGCUGGGUCGCACAGCCAACUCCUGGUGCCUGGAGUGGAGCAGGAACAAGCUGUGCUACUGGCACGAUAACAUAGAGGAGUUUAUCAAACAUGGCUGCCCCAGUAUCAUUAGACUUGCUCUGGAUGUGACGAAUGGGACCUUGUCAUUUUAUAGCCUGUCUGACAGUCAGACUCUGCUGCAUUGUGUGGAGGAGGGAUUCACAGAGCCAGUGAGGCCAGUGUUCUGGCUGUUUGGGCUGAAGGUAAACAAUGCUUUGUCCUUUCCUCCUUGCGUGUCAUAAGGAUAUGUGAGGAUGGGGACAACAUAAAGAGUUGUCUGUUUAUGAGUGAGAUAAAUAAAAUUACAUAUUUAGUCAUUAAUAUAUUUAGCACAAUAUUCCUAUUAGAGGUCAAAAUAAAAUGACAAUCACCUA